AUGUCACUCCUAACUUUGCAUGGCGCGUUUGAUAGGAUAUCUUCCCAAAGGCCGGACGAGGGGCUCAUCAACAAGUUCAAGAAGACCUUCCCAGAUGUCGUCUCGGGAGCCUCUUUGGUCAGAGAUACCUUAAAGACCAUCAACCACGCUGCUGUCGAGUCAGAAAUGCAAGGCAGGUCUGGUACCGACAGCGAGGGCAUCAAAAUCAACGAUCCGACUCCUCGGGCUAUUCAAGAUUUCAGAUUCACACCGUCCUCGAUGGAUCCCAACUCGUUCUCUUUCAUGUCGCUGGCAAACCAGCCUCCAGGCUAUUAUACGCCCGCUUCAGGAGACAUGGCUACGAUUUACCAUCACGCUGAGUAUCUUCACACGCCCACCCUGGGAUCCGAUCUUGUCACUCCACUAUCCAUUCAAAACAGCCUUUCUGGGGGCCUUCCGAUUGACCCAAAUGCGGACAUAAGCAUGCACGGCUUUCAUGAUCAAUUUCUCCCGCACCAGUUCCAGAAUCCGAAUCCGUUUGCACAACAAGUAUCGUAUUCACAUAGCACGUUCGUCCAUCGUGAUUCGGGCUGCGAUCCGUUAGAUCGAUCAGGGGAAGAGUCAUCUCUGGAUCCUAUGAACAUUCAGGAAACUCAGCCCUUGGAUCUGGUGGCACCAACAGCUGGUUUUUCGGAACAAAUGGACAUCAGCUCCAUGAUAGACCACGAGAAAUUUCGCUACCUUGUCACGCUACGCGUGCCGACGGCUAUGAUCAAGCAUCCGGAUGAGAUACCUGUGACUUACCUUAACAAGGGACAAGCUUACUCAAUCUCGGUAGCAGACACAGCUCCGCCACAGGUGAGCACACAGCCGCUCAAGUAUCGGACCUAUAUCCGCGUGUCUUUCGAUGACGAACAGCAACGUUCAAAACCGGCCGCUUGCUGGCAAUUGUGGAGGGAGGGCCGCGGGUCGAAUGAGGCUCAUCAGCGGGGUGGGAAGCUUCUAGCUGUGGAAUACGUGGAUCCUAUCCAAGGCGGAGAUGACGAGAAUCGCCGCCGUCAGAUCGAGCUUGAGAGCGCAUCUUUUGAUGGCUUUUGCGUGACUUGGACUCCCAACCCAGUUACCGGAACGUCUGACUGUGCAAUUUCGGUUCGUUUCAACUUUCUCUCAACCGAUUUCAGCCACUCCAAAGGUGUCAAGGGAAUCCCCGUGAGAUUAUGUGCCAAGACGGAAUUGUUGUCUCCUCGAGACGAGAAUUCUGAUGCUCAGAGCCCGGAAGUCUGUUACUGUAAAGUCAAGCUCUUUCGGGAUCACGGCGCAGAGCGGAAGCUUUCCAACGACAUUGCCCAUGUAAAGAAAACCAUUGAGAAGCUCAAACAACAGAUCGCGCAACUAGAGAUGCGAGAAGGAAAUCUCAGUAAACGCAAGCGCAGCAGCGGCUCUAUCGCUGUCAGGCCUUCCGACAAUCGACCUGGCAAGGUUCCCAAGCAUAAGCGAACCUGGUCGAUAGAUUCGCAAAAUGAUGACUCGGGAAAGCCCUCUGCGGAGGAAGAUCUCCAUCUGAAGUUGGCGAUGAUGCAGGACAUGUUCUCCUCCACCCGGCCCGUGAGCGUUUUUAGUCUGAGAGGAGAUGAGCACGAUGACCCAGACCUGUACCCAGUCAUUCUCCCUGGUGACUUGCAUGGCUCCACUUCCCGCCAGAGCACCCAGGAGUCGGCUCUCGGUAUCGAUACAAUCUCCGGAGUAUCCAACAUUCUCUCUCCCACGACCAGCAGUGUCUCCAUUAACUCUCCUCGUCAUCCUGUGGAACAGCAGCAAGGAUAUGACAAUGUGGACUGGUCGAGCGCUCCUGUGCAUCACUCUCUAUUAAAUCAACCGGUGAAAGUUCAGAAGCUACCCCGCGACGGUACAUCAGGUUCCGCUGGAUACAUUGAGGCAAUCGAUAUCGACCCCACAUAUAGGCCUCCGGCUGAGCGUCCCCCUAAACCUAUUGCUUGCUUCUAUAUCCGCUUCUCGAGCGAGCACUCUGGUGAUGACUACUACCGGGCGGUUUACCUUAGUAAGCGCACCGUCCAAGAUUUGAUGGUGAAGAUCUCGGAGAAACGCAAGAUCGAUCCCGACCGCAUUGUCCGCAUUCUUCGCGUCAAUCACAAUGGUCUCAAGAUCAUGGUGGAUGAUGAUGUCGUCCGGGAGCUUCCCGAGGGCCAGGAUAUGGUUGCGGAGUUCUCCGAGACGAAAACCGAGUUCGACACCCCGUCUUCCGCUGUGGAAGUCAAAUUAACAUAUUAA